AUGAGGUCUACGGCAGACACCUCGAGUAUGAGAGACUAUGAAGUCUUCACAGAUCGAGAUGAUAUGUCACUAAAAGAGUCGGGAAGUGAGGAAAGCGACGACGAAAAGCAAGAUUACCCACCGAUCUCAACACUUGCUCCAAUUCUAAUAGGACUUUGCUUUCAAUCCUUCUGCAUUGCCUUGGACAACACAAUCCUCUCAACGGCCAUUCCCAAGAUUACUGAAGAGUUUAACUCAUUGGGCGAUAUCUCUUGGUACGCGAGCGCUUAUCUUCUAACGACAUGUGCCGUCACCUUACCGUUUGGCAAGAUAUACACAUAUUAUUCAACCAAGUGGACAUACCUGAUUGCCCUCGGACUGUUUGAACUCGGUUCUUUAAUAUGUGCAGUCACCCCGGCAUCACAAGGACUCAUUUUUGGCCGAGCAAUUGCCGGAAUUGGAUCCGGAGGACUGUCACCCGGUGCGCUGCUAGUGCUCGCGAAUAGUGUGCCUCUGCACCGGCGUGCAUUGUAUUUUGGGAUAAUCGGAAGCAUUAGUGGAAUUGCGACGAUCACAGGUCCUCUAAUUGGUGGACUGCUAACUGAUCAUGUGAGCUGGAGAUGGUGCUUCUGGAUCAACCUUCCUUUUGGUCUCCUCACUGGUCUGGUCAUUUUGUUCUGCUUCAAAGACCCAACAACGCCAAAACCGAAGCUGAAUCUCCUGGAGCAACUCAAAAGGAUGGACCCCAUUGGGAUACUGGUGUUUAUCCCCGCUAUCGUCUCUCUUCUACUGUGUCUACAAUGGGGUGGGACCAAAUAUAGCUGGAACAAUGCCCGAAUCAUAGCCCUAUUCGUUCUCUUUGGAAUAUUUGGCUCCGCGUGGUGCAUUAUACAAGUCUGGCGACAGGACGAGGCAACAGUGCCGCCUCGCCUCCUCAAGAACCGAAAUGUCCUCGGGGCGGUGAUUCACGCUACAUUCCUAGGUGGCUCGUUCUUUGUCUUUGGAUACUACCUCCCUAUCUGGUUUCAGGCAGUCAAGGAAAAUUCUGCCUCGGAGUCCGGAUUCAACAACCUCCCGAUGGUGGUGGCCAUGAUCGUUUGCUCCGCUCUAGGAGGGCUCCUUGUGAACAUAGUUGGUUACUAUACGCCACUCAUGUUCGCUGGGAGUGCAUUUCUGACGAUCGGCGCUGGCCUGUGUACAACAUUCAAAGUAGACAGCAGACACCCGCAGUGGAUUGGGUACCAAGUGAUCCUUGGGAUUGGAGCAGGACUCGGUUUCCAGCAAUGCAUCAAUGCACUUCAGACUGUACUGCCUCUACGGGAUAUACCUGUUGGAAUUGCCAUAAUUACUUUCGCACAGAGUCUGAGUGGCGCAAUGUUCAUUUCGAUUGCCCAGACCGUGUUCGAGAAUGGUCUUGUGGCGAGUAUUGCCAUUAAUGCCCCCAUGGUCAAUCCAGACGCGUUGAUAAAGGCAGGAGCCACGAACUUGUCCCAUCGUGUACCCGAAGAUAUGCUCUCCUCUGUGCUUCUAGCCUACAACGUCGCCGUUACCCAGACAUUCUACGUGUCCGUUGUCGCCGCAAUACUUUCUUUCGUCGGAGCAGGACUUGUUCAAUGGAAGUCCAUGAGAAAGCUACCGAAGGCUGGUUGCGAAUACACAGAUUAA